UGGAGAAGUCAUUUUAUCUUCCUCACUGCCCCCCUUAAGAUAUUCUUCCUAGAGAGUGGACAGUAAAGACUAGCUGCUGUUGUUGGGUUUUCUAAUUUUUUUUAAUAAAUUCCUUUUUUAAAUUAAUCUAUAAACUCAUCUCACACAAAACCACUUUCCUUUAGGACAUCAGUUCUCGAAUUCCCAGAUCAGCUUUCCUUUUUUCUUUUAAUUAAUAAAAUUGUAAAUCCAGGUCAACGAGGAAUUUCGGUUCUAAUGAUGUCAAUUCCUUCACCUACUCGUAUGGGUACCCCUCCUCAUAUGCCUACUGCUUCUUCAAUCCAUGAAACUCGUUCUGAUAUGGAUAGUCCUCUUCAUAUUGAUCUUCACCAAGAUCUCUUCCCAGAUUACUAUGGUGGACCGGCUUCCAUUCCGUCUAUUCCGAAAGAAGAGCCUUCGAGGAACGAUUUUCCGAAUGGAGAUAAUGGUUUUCCUCCUGUAAUUAAAGAGAACGAUUUCCCUACUCCACCGGUUCCGCCGUGUACUUCCGGCGAAGGAUUACCUUAUGCUCCUAGGGAUUGGCCAAACCCUGGUGAUGUUUGGAGCUGGAGAGUGGGGAGGAGGGUUAACAAUGCUGGGUUUUAUAGUGAUAGAUUUAUCAAUGUUCCGAAAAGUCUUCGGUUUCCAAACAGUCCGAAAAUGUUUGCAAGCAAGCCAACGCUUGAACGUUUUAUCUUAUCACAUUUCCCGACUGCAGAUGUUAAUGCGUUUUUUGCUUCGUUUGUUUGGAAGAUCCCUGCAACUUUGGAACCUCCUGCCAAAGUGACACCAGUAGCGGUUGGAAUCGAGGAGGCUAAAAAAGAAAGUAAUUUGGAGGAUGCUAAAAUCGAAAGUAACAAAAAGACUCCCCGUAGCAGCCAGAGGAAGAGGAAUCCCCCGCCUAAGCCUCUCACUCCCAGCAAUGGUCAAAAGAAGCAGAAGACAAGUAAAGGAUCAGGAUCAGCAUCAGCCAAAGGAUCAGCAUCAGCCACAGCUAAGCGACAACCAACUCGGCAGCGUGUUAAAACUCCUGCCCCACCCCCACCGGAAACCGAAGAUAGAAAUGGCAGUCUUGAACUAUCUUUCUUAGAUGAUGAAACAACAAGAGCGGAAUUCGACAACUAUCUCAAUGCAUUGGAUGACAUGCUCACUCAGCCUUUGCCUGAAGAACCGUUUUCCCAUCCUGUGUUGUAUAACUACUUUGCUGCAGAAAGCGAAAUGGCUGAAGCUCGAAUGAAACUGUCUUCAUUUCUUGACAUGGAUUUCCCUUCGUUGAUUUGCUUCAAAGACCUCGAUGAACUCACAAGUUUAGCAUCUAAACUUCGGAAAGAUCCAACCCUUACUGCUGAACAACUUGUGAAGUUGAAGUUGAUAGAAGAGAUCCCGUCAUUUUGUGAGGUUUUUCUCGAGAACAGGGAAAUAAUGGAACAGGCUGACAAAUUCUUUACAACCCUUCAGCUCAAUAAGACCAAGGUCACUUCACUCAAGCAAGAAUACAGCGAGUUAAGACAGCAAGUAACAAGCCUGCAGUCGGAAGUAGAAGCCAACACAUUGACAGUACAAGAAAUCGACAAUCAAAUAGCGCAACUGAAAUCCCAUCGCGCACAGCUCACUAGAUUGAUAGAAAACAAGAAGAAAGACAAGGAGGAGUUAACGUACAAUCAAAAGUUGGUGGCGAACUCCAUUCCCAAAGUCGUACACGAAGUUCAGCUCGCUAAUGCCAGGAAACCAGAAUGGGAGAUAAAGAAAGAGAAUGCAGACAAACGCGAAGCUGAAAUACUUGCUAAAUUUGCUCCUCUAAAAGGGUUUUCCCUUUGAAAAAUAUCAAUCUUCCCCGAAUCAAAUUCUCUGCUAAAGAGCUAAUAAACUAAAACACAGUAGUUAUGGGACUAAUCUUUUAGUUUUAUCUCUAUAACAGCAGGAACUGAGGCUGCUAUUUGCUGCGUCUGCAUUGCUUAUCUUUCUAUUGUUCUUGUGUGUGUGUGCCUUGAAUGCUAUUAAAAAUGCCAUAGCAUUAUCUAUAGGUAGGUAUCCUUGUAAUUUAUCUGAAGGUCUUUAAUGGUGAAAGAUGCCGUGGCAGUAGCAUUAUCUAA